CCCCAGGUUGGCCGAGGCCUCCAAAACAAGAAAGAAGUAUCCAGCAAACACCCACCUCGCAGCGAAGCAUUCCAAGAAAAACAGUAGCCGCUGUCCUCCGGUCGCCGUCAGAAAAUACCCCUCGAUCUCCGGCCAUCUUCUUCCCCCGUCGUCCCCGCCGACGAAGUACCAGCCAUGGCAUCUCCUUCCUCCUCCUCCGCCUCCUGCUCCUACUACUCGUGCCCCGCGCCCCACCACCCGCGCUUCCGGCGAUCCCUCCGGCGGCCGCCUCUCCCGCGGGUGCGCCCCUCCUCGACGCCGUCCUCCCGCCGACCCUCCGCCGUGCAGGAGUCCCAGUUCGGAAGCAUCCCAUCCAGACCCACACGUAGGCGUGGUUCCAUUCAAAUCCCCACAUCAUUUGAUGAUGAUCUGGGGGAUUUCUCGCUGGUGCAUCAUGACGACGAGGAUGAUGCAUUUGGUGUUGUUCUGUAUUCAAGUGAGAGUGAUUGGAGCGACGAUGAGGUUGUGUUAACUCAAAUUGGGGAUGUUGAGUUGCCAACGAUGAUGACCGAGAGGCGCUUCAAGGCGGCAGAGGGUGCGAUAACCAUUGCUGCCCAUAGGCUCGCCACCAUUGGGAAAGGGCAAAGGAAGAGCAGAACUCGACAAGGGCUGAUGAAUAAUGUUGGGCUGAUUGCUUUCCUAGCAGUGCAACUUUUGUUUGUCGACUGGUGUUCGUGGUGGAUUGUUAGGCUACCUCUGGACUCAUUUUAUUUGACACGCCCUUUUUUAAUAUCAGCAGUUCUAUCCACAUUAGCUGGAUUUAUUUUUGCACCCAUUGCUGAUAGAAUGAAGAUUCAUCAUUUCCGGAGGAGAGGGAAGCCUAUAUCUCCAUCCAACGGAAAACCAACCCCAGCAAUGGGAGGACUGUUCUUCGUUCCGAUUGGUAUUUUGGUUGCAAGAAGAAAUGUUGGUUCAAACUCAAGUGGAGUAAAUGGAGCAGCUAUAAUAACCAUCAUAUUUGCAGUAGUUGGGUUACUUGACGAUAUUUCAAACCUUGUCAUGGAUCGCAAUCAUAAAAUACCUCAGUGGAUAAGAUUUUUGGUUCAGACUGCUGCUGGUAUCUACUUCUUUAUCUGGCUGGGUUCUGCAAAUAUUUCAACACCAUACAACAUGAAAUUCAUUGUUCCUCUGCCUCCGUCAUUUGGUCUUGCAUUCAUGGGGAAAGUUUAUCUGGUUCUGGCUACAGUAUGUUCUCUUUCCAUGGGUACUGGAGUAACAUUGGUUGAUGGUCUUGAUGGUUUGGCUGGUGGUGUUGCUGCUUUGGCACUCGUUGGAUUGUCUGUUGCCGCUCUUCCAAUUUGCUCGGAGCUGAGUGUUUUUGGAGCAUCUAUGUCAGGUGCUUGCACUGGCUUUCUUUUACAUAACAGAUAUAGGGCCUCAAUAGUUAUGGGUCGAGUUGGCUCUUUUGCACUUGGAGGAGCACUUGCUACAAUUGCAGCAUGUAGUGGAAUGUUCAUUCCUAUGUUAAUUGCAUGCAGCGUCUUCUUUCUCGAGCUGCUUGUGGUAAUAUUGCAGGUUCCUUUGAGCAUGACUCUGAAGCACAUCCAUGGGACAAACAGAUCUUUCCAGCGAAUUCUUCCCUCGCAUUACUAUCUUAGACUGUGGGGCAUAAAGGAGCCUUAUAUCGUGGCGGGUGCAUACAUCAUGACAUGCUUCUUAACUGUGUUGGCAGGAUACCUUGGUCUCGUCUCAGCGUAAAUAGAAAGCAUAGGUUACCAUUCAUUCAUUGCUUCUAUUUCAUUUCUGUAGUGCACUUCUAGAAUGGUAGAUGCUUCAGGCUUCAGCAUGCCCGAGCGUAAGGUUCACUGAUAUACUACAGAUUUACAGAAUUUUGCGUGUGGAGUUUCUAGGACACCUCAAAUGAAGUCGUGCAGUGUAGUACCAUGGGUUGUUGUAUCCUCUUCCUCGCAGAAAGCUGUACUCCCUCUGAUCCAAAAUAAAUUUGAACUAAAACAACGACAUUUAUUUUGGAUCGGAGGGAGUAGCAUCUUUGUAUACUGAAGUACUGAACUAUUGCUUCAACUGACGUGUUGUUCAUCUA